GAAAUUAUUCUUUCAUUUAGCAACACCUAAAGCCAUUCUCCAUUUCUCCUAGAUCUUCAAUUGAAUUGUAUUUUGCUUCAUUGUAACUUGAGCUGCAUUUAGCUCUCCUUUCUCUCUCCUCUAAGCUUCUUGUGCCCCCCUGCCCAACCUCCCAGCCAUCGCCGAUGUCUCAGCCGUCGGUUGUUACAUCUCAGUCUCCGACCACCGAAACUUCGGUUACUUCGCGGAAUCUGGCACCAACUCCAUCUACUCCGGCAUCUUCUAAGAAACCCCAGACAGGGACAAACACCAUUGGACUUUAUGCUGUGCAAUGUGGUGAAUGCUUUAAAUGGAGACUAAUAUCCAACGAAGAAGAGUACGAGGUGAUCAGAAGUAAAUUGUUAGAGGAACCUUUUACCUGCAGUAAAAAGCCUGAUGCCUCGUGCAAUGAUCCAGCUGAUAUUGAAAAGGAUGCUACACGGACCUGGGUGAUUGACAAGCCUAACAUCCCAAGGACCCCAGUUGGUUUUAAGAGAAAGCUAGUUCUUAGAAGGGAUUUCUCUAAAUUGGACGCUCAUUACGUGACCCCGACGGGGAAGAAAGUAAGAUCAAGUACUGAAGUGGCUAAGUACCUAGAAGAAAAUCCAGAGGUGAAAGGUGUAUCUGUUAAUGAAUUCAGUUUUACAGUGCCAAAGGUGGUGGAGGAGACUAUUCCUAAGGAUAUCGAGAGGAAACCUUCUGCUAAAAAAGCUAAAGAUUCUAAGGCUUCUGAUUCUUGAAAUGGUUACAAGAUAUUUUGUCUAGUUCACUGUUUGUAAUGUCUGAAACCCUUUUCGUUGUAGCGUACUAGCACCUUUAACUCGCACUACUGAUGCUUCAUGCUUGUAUAAGUUCCAUCUAAGACUACUACUAGUACUACCACCACUAGAUUUCCACUAUCUAAUUCACCCUUGUUUAUUUCUUUUGCUUUUUAUAUGUAUUGUAUCUUAAGUUUCGUUCUUCAAUGCCUACAGGGAUUUCUUGAGAUAA